CGCGCGCGCCGCUGUCCCGCCGUCCUGAGCCGUUGGGCGCAGGGACAAGGACCUCGCCCCCAAGGACCUCCGGAGAGGCGGGAUCUCUCCGGGAAGGGGAAGCAGGAUUUUGUUGUGCGGUUUGAAGAUGAGACCGGUAUCUGGAGUGGCGCUUCUCCUGGGGCUGAUGGCUCUCCCAGCGGCGCUGGGACAGAGAAGCUCGGAAAGCCAUAAAAAUAGCAACGAAAGCUUUGCCAUCGUCUCUUUCAAAUGGGAUCACGUCAAAGAGCCGUAUAUCAUUGCACUCUGGAUACUUGUGGCCAGCUUGGCCAAAAUAGUUUUCCACUUGUCCCACAAAGUCACUCGGGUGGUUCCAGAAAGUGCUCUGCUGAUCGUCCUUGGUCUUUUCCUUGGUGGCAUUGUAUGGGCAGCAGAUCACCUUGCCUCCUUCUCCCUGACACCAACUGUAUUUUUCUUCUAUUUGCUGCCCCCCAUUGUUUUGGAUGCUGGAUAUUUUAUGCCAAAUAGAUUGUUUUUUGGAAAUCUUGGCUCCAUCCUUUUGUAUGCUGUCAUUGGGACAGUCUGGAAUGCUGCCACAACUGGUUUAUCUCUCUACGGUGUCUAUCUGACUGGAAUAAUGGGUGAACUGCACUCUGGGCUGCUGGACUUCCUCCUUUUUGGCAGCUUAAUUGCUGCUGUGGAUCCUGUAGCUGUUCUGGCAGUGUUUGAAGAAGUCCAUGUCAAUGAAGUUCUAUUCAUCAUUGUUUUUGGAGAAUCACUUCUGAAUGAUGCUGUAACUGUGGUGCUGUACAAUGUGUUUGACUCUUUUGUUGCGAUAGGUGAAACAAAUGUGACGGGGAUUGAAUGUCUCAAAGGCAUAGUGUCAUUCUUUGUGGUGAGCCUCGGUGGGACACUGGUUGGUAUUAUCUUUGCAUUCCUGCUGUCAUUGGUCAGUCGUUUCACCAAGCACGUGAGGAUCAUUGAACCUGGAUUUGUGUUUAUCAUUUCCUACCUGUCCUACCUCACAGCAGAGAUGCUUUCUCUUUCUGCCAUCUUAGCGAUAACCUUCUGUGGCAUUUGCUGUCAGAAAUAUGUCAAGGCUAACAUAUCUGAACAGUCUUCUACAACUGUAAGAUAUACUAUGAAAAUGCUAGCUAGUGGAGCAGAAACUAUUAUCUUCAUGUUCCUGGGUAUUUCAGCUGUGGAUCCAGAAAUCUGGACUUGGAAUACGGCUUUUAUUCUGUUGACUCUGGUCUUCAUCUCAGUAUACAGAGUUAUUGGUGUGGUUAUACAGACGUGGAUUCUUAACCGCUACAGAACUGUCCAGCUGGAGAUAAUAGACCAGGUGGUGAUGUCCUAUGGUGGGCUACGAGGAGCAGUUGCUUUUGCUCUUGUUGCACUUCUGGAUGGGAAUAAAGUGAAAGACAGAAAGCUGUUUGUCAGCACAACUAUCAUUGUUGUGUUUUUUACUGUUAUAUUCCAGGGACUGACUAUCAAACCUUUGGUACAGUGGCUGAAAGUGAAGAAAACUGAACACAGAGAACCAAAACUGAAUGAGAAACUUCAUGGCAGAGCCUUUGAUCACAUUCUUUCUGCUAUAGAAGACAUUUCUGGACAAAUAGGGCAUCAUUAUCUGAGAGACAAGUGGUCCAAUUUUGAUAGGAAAUACCUCAGAAAAAUACUGAUGAGAAGGUCUGCUCAAAAAUCAAGGGACCAAAUCCUUAAUGUUUUCCAUGAGCUCAACUUGAAGGAUGCAAUUAGCUAUGUGGCUGAGGGAGAACGUAGAGGUUCACUGGCAUUUAUACGUUCUCCAAGUACAGACAACAUGGUAAAUGUGGAUUUCAGCACUCCACUCCCAAGUGCUGUGGAAAGCUCUGUCUCUUAUUUAUUGAGAGAAAAAGCUGGACCAGUUUGCCUUGACAUGCAAGCUUUAGAGCAGAGAAGGAAAAGUAUACGGGACACAGAAGACACUCUCGCUCAUCACACCUUACAGCAGUACCUGUAUAAACCCAGGCAGGAGAGAAAUAGCAGUGUCAUACCAAAUGGAAACAUUCCUCCAGAAAAUCCAGUACAAGAUUUUGCUUUGAAGGAAAAAGAUUUGGAGUUUUCUGAAUCAGAAGAAAAUAAUGAUUAUGAGACUUUGCAUCUAGGCAAAGGAGUUGAUUUCCUGGCUAAUGUGACAAAACAAAAUUUCACAGAUGCUCCUGCUGGUGAUAUGGAUCACGAUGUUGAAAUGACAGAAUACUCCUCUUCAGAUGAUCAACUCAACCAAAAUGGAAGUGUUUCAGUGAAUCCCCUCCACUUCUUCCCCUCUUGUCUUCAAAUGCCUUGGACACAAAACUAUUCCUCAUUGGAAAACAGAGGGAAUAUAUCUCUUUCUGCUGUUUCUGAGUACAUUGCUUCAUGUGACCCAAAUGUACCUGAUCUCUUCUGGGAAUCGGGUACAGAUAUGAAAAACAAAGAGACAGUAAACUCAGGUUAUUGUUCUGAAGUUAGCUUCAAAUCAGAGAAUUCUCAAGAAGAGAAUACUCUGCUUAUGUUUGAAGGGCUGGAAGACUCUUACAUGAAGGAGCCCCAAGAGAAGAAAAUGUUGCUUGAUAUAGAAGGGAAUUACAGGUCUGCUGCAGCCAGACGUGUACAAAGCCGACGUUCUUUCCACAGGCCAAAACCUCUGCAUCACCCGAAGCUUCAGAAGCUGGCAUCUCUUCCAGCAUCUUGCCAUGUCCCUCCACAUUCCUUGGAACAGGAGGAAACACAGCUGUGAGCAAGAACUUAAUUGAAAGAAGAUGAGAAAGGGCUUUUGUAAAAAUAGAGAGCAAACCUAUUGGUUCAUGGGAUCUGCUCUAGGAUGGCUUCAGAUGGAAAGGGAGUGGGGUCCUGUGAUGUCAGAAACACUUGAGCUUUUCUGCUGCACUUACAUUUUUAAGUUCUUAUUCAUAAUGAAAGGGUGCAUAUCGAGAGGGAAUUAUGACUCCUUGUUAUUUUUUCACAUAGACUGUUACAAAUAAUCUAUUAUUUUUGGAGGGCUUAACCAAGAAUCUUUUCAAAUGGUAAAUCCUUGAUGUUUUUUGACAUGGAGAUGGUUUAUUAUGCCAUUAUGCCAUAAAUACAUUUAAAGGAAUAGGCUGCAUAUGCUGCUUCAGUAAUGGAAUUAAGCAUUUAUACUAUAUGAAAUUAAAGUAGAAGAAGCCAAUGGUUAGUCUCUUCCCUGCUAAGUUGACUCUGAUUGAAAUGGAUCAGUGCCUUUUAUAAGUGCAAGCUACAGAAAAAUAUUUUCCUGCUUUUGAAUAUUUUUGUCACUGAGUGAGUAACUGUAGAAUAUCGACUCUCAUAUAAAACCUUCCAGGGAGAGGAAAGUCAUGGAAUCUUGACAUUUAAUCAAGUACUACAGGAGGGCCAUUUCCUUCAUUCACCUUCACUCCCUCAACUUGGUAGUACUGGAAAGAAAGAACAUCCAGAAUUAGCUCAGAAUUUUAAUUUUCAUGGUCAGAAGCAAAUAAUUUAAUAUUCUUAAUUAAGCUGCUCUAUUUUAAAUAGCCUCACUCAGACAGAAGUGUAAAUAUUUGUCAUUUUUAUUGCUGCUUUGGGAGACACCUUCCAAAUACUGUUAGAUUAUCCUGUUAAUUUAUGUAUCACUUUCAAUAGCUGAUCAGGAUAGUGGUCUCUCAGAUAUGUUCUGCAUUUUGCCACAUGAUUUAAGUGCCACAAAGACUCAGGAUGUUGAUGGUUCAAAGUAUUGUACAGAGGCAGUUUGGCUACUGUGCAUGUAUAUACCUACCUGCAUUAGGAAUGUCCGUUAUUUUUGUACGUGGUUUCCUGUCAAAUGAUAGUUAUGGUUGCACUGGACACUUACUGCAUAUGAAUUAGAUCUACAUCAUCUUGAAGACAGAUGGAGACAUCAGUGAAAGCCAAUUCAGAUGAAGACUAUAAAUGAAAGUGAAAACUCUGAGACCUCUCAUACACGUAUAAUACUACAUGUAUAGUCCUCUGGCCAUUUGGCCUUGGAUGAUUCCAGUCUUGAAAUUUUGGCUUGAAAUCUUCAGUGGUAUAAAUUGUAAAGGCUCUAUGACAUUAAUAGAAGGAGAGUGCUUAGCCACUUCUGUGGUCCUAAUGUGUUCCUACUUUCUACUUAAUAUCAGUGUAAACCAUUUGUAAAUGAGCUGUCACCUUCAGGGAAGUAUCUGAAUUGUUUAAGACUGGAUCCUGGACAGUGGCUUUAUGUGGUAAAUUUUACUUUAUCUAUAGAAGUUAACAAUCGUUUCACUCUACCUACCCAGAUUUUGAAUGGGUUUGAGAUGAUUCUGUGUCAGGUAUCAAAACUGAGAUUUACCCAGACACCCAAGAAGAGUGGAGCAAUGUGUGAAAACUCAUGUCCGCAUCCUUUUUCUAUCUUUGUCCUGUAUCCAAAAUCUAUAUGUUAGGCUGCUGCAAAUUGCAGAGAUGUGAUGGUAAAUUCCAUAUACAAACCUAGACAGAUACAAAACGUACACCUCUAAAUAACAGACUCAGAGAGAAGUGGUUCUUUUGGUAUCAGCUGCCAUAAGCAGCUGCCUGUUUGGUUGUCGUUGUAGGCAAUGAUUCAAACCAGUGUCCCUAACUGAAAAGCUUCAUCACCCAGAGCUACUCUCAUUAAAUUUCAAUAAUAUAAAUACAGUUUUUGUGAAACUGAGUACAUGUGAACAUACUAUUUUGAUGAAGUAGAGCAUAUUAACACCAUUCCAGAUAGUAUAAUUGGAACAAGUAUUUUAGUAAUUGGCAUAGAUAGGUAACAGAACCGUGAGUGAUCCCAAAUGUUAGUACAGGUAAAGUGCAAUGUGCCAAAAAUCUACCCCUCUCAUAGCAUAAUGCUGAAGUACCAAUACCAAAAUUGGCAAGAUGCUCAUCAGGUGUUGGCUUUUAAAUAAAACUUUCAUUUGUUAUUGUUGACAAUUUCAAAUUGGUGACAAUGACACAGAAGUCAUUGCUGAGCUGCAGAGAACCACACUGUGGACUGUUUUCUGCAUGCUUGUUAGACCAUUACCAAUCUGCUUUUGUACACCUCAAAGGUGUACCUUGAAGGUAGGAACCUCAAAGAAACAUUUGUAAGUUGUCAUCAGCAGAUGGGAGCUUUCACCACAUAACUCUUGCACAGACAAGAGUAUGCAAUUUUGGAAAUCACAUCAUAUGUUUUUAUUGUUUUUGUAAGCUUUUAGGCUACAGAAAAGAGGAUCCAUAGACAUCACCAUAUUUACAAACAUAGCAGUCUCUGUGAAAAGUCAGCAGGACCCUUUAUGUUUUUGAGAGGGGUGUGGGCUCUAGUAUUAUAAAAGAGAGGAAUAUCACACCAUUUCAAACAACAGAAAGGGAAAGACACUAUAUACAAAGGGCUUAUCUCUCUGUUUCAAGGACCUUAGGCAUGCUCUGUAUGUUGCAUCACUACAGCUGAACAAAUGACGGAUAAAGUGGGCCAUUCUGAUAGCGAAGAAUCUUGCAUAUCUGGAAUAUCUUGCAUAAUUCCUGAAGCUCCUCUGCCCCUGGAAGAGGUUUUCUAGUAGAAUUGAUUCUACAGCUAGGUUUUAUUUGUCAUAAUUUCUCAGUUAGAAAUGUGAUGAAAAAACUUUCAUGUCCCCAGUUUCCACAUUUGAGAAUGUACUAAUACCUCAUAAUAUACAUAAUAGUGGAUUAUAAUUCCUUUUUUUUAUUAAGGGCAAUUGAUAAAUAGACAUUCCCUCUCUCUACCAGGGUAAAUAGAAAAAAGCAAGUUAUAACAGUUGAUCAUUUGUCUAUUUUUAUGUUUUUUUGCAUUCUCUUUCAUUGUACAUUCACAUUUUCUGUGGUAUGUAUACAUAUGAGUGAAAGUGUUUGGUUACUUCUUCAGCACAUUUUAAUCAGUCAAGCACCACUGAUUUCUAUCACAGCAAUAUAAAUUCAGAGCUGCUGAGCAUACAGCCAUAAGUAUCUGCUAUUUUUGCUCUGGUUUAUUAGAUUGGAAUGAUCAGUUGACAACUCAUUCUCUUCUGAUGAGGCCAGUUCAGUUCUUACUUCCCUGAAAACUGUCUGUAAAUUUUUUUGUGGCAUGCUCUGUAAGAAAAAGGAAAGCCUGGCAUUCCACAGUUGCUAUUUAUUUAAUAAGUAACUGUGGCCUACCUUCUUGCAAAAACAUGAAAUGAAGAAAUAUUUUUUGUUCCUUCUACAUAUUUUGCUCCAUGAAUAAAGUUGUUUUUAACAAUGUUUAUUAUGCUGCACUAUGAUCUAGCAAUGAUAAAAAACCGAGAACUGUUGCCUGUGUUGAGAUGAAUUCUGUCUCUCUGAGCUAUGAACCUAGUUAUUGAAAUAUAUGAAAUUAUGUUUAACAAAUACAUGGUCUAGUCAGAGAUUUAUGUAACAAAGAUUGCAAAACAAUCACGUGCCUUAAAUUGUCACUCUUUGGAGUGCUGUUGUUUGGAGAUAUUUGUGUGUACUUUCCAAAAGGUGUCAACUUACUUCAUAUAUUUUUAAACAAGUCAAGUUGUUCUGCUAAUGUCUUUAUAGAAAUGUUUUCAUAGUAUAUCAUAAUGAGAAGUUUGGCAAUAAAUUGUAUCACUUUG